CCACCUGCCUAAUAUAUAUAAACUCGAACCCCACAAGAAUAUUUAUUCAUUUCAGUUUUUCUCCCAUUAAUUUUUUUUUUAAUUUAUAUAUCUUCAUUUUCUUUCACCUUUUAGAUAUUUUUUCAUUCAAAUCCAAGUUCAUUACAGGGUAUUUAGUAAUAGUAAGAUGUUAGAGCAGCUGUUGAUAUUUACCAGAGGAGGGCUAAUCCUCUGGACAUGUAAGGAGCUUGGAAAUGCACUAAAAGGUUCUCCAAUUGACACUUUGAUCCGGUCCUGUCUUUUGGAGGAACGAUCUGGUGCUGCAUCUUACAACUAUGAUGGUCCAGGAGCUGCUUAUACCCUCAAAUGGACUUUCCAUAAUGAGCUAGACCUUGUCUUUGUUGCCGUGUAUCAACGAAUCCUCCAUCUCUUGUAUGUGGACGAACUGCUUUCAAUGGUGAAGCAUGAGUUUGCUGAGAUUUAUGAUCCUAAACGAACAGUCUACAAUGACUUUGAUGAAACUUUUAGGCAACUUAGAAAGGAAGCUGAGGCACGAGCUGAAGAAUUGAAGAAAUCUAAGCCAGUAGGCAAGCCUAUGACUAAUAAUAAAAAGCAAGGGCAGGUGCAAAAACCUGAAGGAGGAAGUAAGAAAAAGAGUGAUGGUUCAGCUAAUGGUGGUGAAGAUGAAAAUGGUCCAAAAGGUCGUAGAUUGGAGAAUGGUCUCUCCCAUGGUAAUAAUGUUGACACAGAAGAUACCAAGGUGAAUGGGGUAUUCAAUGGUAAAGAAAAUACAAGCUCCAAUAUUGGGGCAUUUGAUGUAAAUAAGCUACAGAAGCUUAAAAGUAAAGGUGUGAAGAAAAUAGAUACUGUUUCUAACAAGGUCCCUAAGGCGGAGCCCAAGAAAAAGGCAACAAAGAAAAAUAGAGUUUGGGAUGAUUCACCUCGUGAGGCAAAAUUGGACUUUACUGAUCCUGUGGGUGAGAAUGAGGACAACAUUGUAGAGGUAGUGGCAGCAGAUCAAGGUGAAAGUAUGAUGGAUAAAGAAGAGGAUUUUAGUAGUGAAAGUGAGAGUGAAGAUGAGGAAGAUGUUGGAAAAGAUAGCAAGCCUGAUGCUAAGAAGAAGGGGUGGUUUUCAUCUAUGUUCCAGAGUAUUGCUGGCAAGGCGAACUUGGACAAGUCAGACUUGGAACCUGCUUUGAAAGCUCUCAAGGAUAGGCUGAUGACCAAGAACGUGGCUGAGGAGAUAGCAGAGAAGCUUUGUGAAUCAGUUGCUGCAAGUCUUGUAGGUAAAAAGUUGGCCUCUUUCACGAGGAUAUCUUCAACCGUGCAGGCAGCAAUGGAAGAAGCUCUUGUUCGUAUUUUAACCCCUAAACGUUCAAUUGAUAUACUGAGAGAUGUGCAUGCUGCCAAGGAACAAAGGAAGCCAUAUGUUGUUGUUUUUGUUGGUGUCAAUGGAGUUGGAAAAUCUACCAACUUAGCCAAGGUUGCUUAUUGGCUUCAACAGCAUAAUGUCAGUGUUAUGAUGGCUGCCUGUGAUACAUUCCGUUCUGGAGCUGUUGAGCAGCUGCGAACUCAUGCACGCAGACUUCAGAUCCCCAUAUUUGAGAAGGGAUAUGAAAAAGAUCCUGCAGUUGUUGCAAAGGAAGCUAUCCAAGAAGCUACACGCAAUGGUUCUGAUGUGGUUCUUGUCGAUACAGCUGGUAGAAUGCAGGACAAUGAACCGCUAAUGAGGGCGUUGUCUAAGCUUAUUAACCUUAACAAUCCAGACCUAGUCUUGUUUGUUGGGGAGGCACUGGUUGGUAAUGAUGCCGUUGAUCAGCUUUCCAAGUUCAAUCAGAAACUAGCAGACCUGUCAGCUUCGUCUAACUCCCAAUUGAUAGAUGGAAUUUUGCUCACCAAGUUUGAUACCAUCGAUGAUAAGGUUGGAGCUGCACUGUCAAUGGUUUACAUCUCUGGAGCUCCGGUCAUGUUUGUUGGGUGCGGGCAGUCCUACACAGACCUGAAAAAGCUCAAUGUGAAGUCAAUAGUGAAGACACUCCUCAAGUGAUUUUGAAUUAUCUCUGUUGGGUUUGUGGUUUGGUUUGGGUUUCAUUAUCACUACUGUUAUGUACUUUUGGUUCUGAUGCUGCUUUGUUGUAAAACCUCUAUGGUGUUGGUGUUUUAUUUCCUUUGAGUUCUCCCAACUACUUGUCUUGUUGAGUUGAAUCAGUCCUUGCGGCUGUAAUUUAUGUUAGAUUAACAAAUUUUUACUACAAAA